AUGCUUGUCGAGGAUUCUGGCCACCAUCUGCCUGAGAGCGCUGAUAUAGAGAACGCACUGGAUUUGCUACUAAAGGCACAGCUAGAGAGAGCUUUUGGGCCGGAACUCGCGGAGCACUUUUGGGCUGCACGGCAGCCUAGAACUCUCGAUGAGCGGCUCGCGUUCAUUCGGAAGUGUUGGAUUGGUGUCUUCAAGGACUCGCCAUUAUCAACUUUUGGCCUUGAACGACUCGAGCAACUCGAACGCCUCUGCCGAAGCAAAAGACGAGGCAGGGAACUAUCGGCUGCUGAGCACCAUCAGUUUGCAGAAGAGCUCGCACGACUCUGGGAGCAGGUCCAGCGAUUGCUUCCGCGUGCAGCACCCGAAACUUCCUAUGCGAGCAGCGCAUCAGCUGGUGGCGUUCACAGUGGAGACGCGCAUACCCCAGCAACACUGUCUGAUGCCGAAAGUGCGCAUGCUGCCCCAGAAGCUAUGCGAAUAGAGGCACCUGCUACGUCGGCGCGGAGUGCGUCUGGCUGUAUGGCGCGGGUUUCUUCCGAUGUCGCUGCUGCCGCCACGAAUGUAUCGCUUGUAGUUCUGGAUGGUGAGAAUAUCGCCUGGGCUCACGGCCAAAAUGCAGUGUUCAGCCCGAAGGGCAUCGCCAUCGCUGUGGACUUCUUUCGAAAGCGCGGUUAUCGUUGUGUAGUGUUUCUCCCGGACUAUCGGCGGAAACGGGCUGAUCUUCCCACGGUUAGCGCAUCUGACGCCCUUGUUUUCGUACCUGCCGGAGAAUACGAUGAUACAUUCGCCCUGGGAUAUGCGGUUGGUCAUGAUGCGAUUCUGGUGACGAAUGAUCUCUUACAGGAUCACUUGGAUCAGUUCUAUCCCGAUGAAGGUGAGGCGAGAGAGGCCCUGCGUAAAUGGCUGGGAUCUCACCGCUGUUCGUUUACUUUUGUGGGUGACGAGUUUCUACCGAACCCACAUUUCUUCCUACCGUAA